GGAGUGGCUAAGGGGCGGGUCUGUCCGCAACUGGAGCACUGGUAACGCGGCCAGAUCGGGAGGAGCCACGCGUCGCGAUGUGAUGACGUCAGGCCACGGGCCGAGCUUGGCGAGUUUGACUUGCGCUGCAGCGUGUGGGCGUUUUGGUCCCAGCUCUUGAGCUGAGGAGGAGGUGUGCUUCAAACCCGGAAUGUUACCGCCUGUUGUAACUGGAGAUAAGGAAGAGGAAACAGCUGAGGAGGAUUGUCCUGAAUUGGUUCCCAUUGAGACGAAGCAAAGAGAGGAAGAGAAAAGCUUGGCCGGCGCCAAGAUCCCAUUCACCAUUAUCACCGGGUAUUUAGGUGCUGGAAAGACAACACUACUGAACUACAUCUUAACUGAGCAACACAGUAAAAGAAUAGCAGUUAUUUUAAAUGAAUUUGGUGAAGGAAGUGCAGUAGAAAAAUCCUUAGCUGUAAGUCAAGGUGGAGAGCUCUAUGAAGAGUGGCUGGAACUUGGAAAUGGAUGCCUCUGCUGUUCAAUGAAGGAUAGUGGCCUUAGGGCUAUUGAGAAUUUGAUGCAGAAGAAGGGGAAAUUUGAUUACAUUCUGUUAGAGACCACUGGAUUAGCAGAUCCUGGUGCUGUGGCUACUAUAUUUUGGGUUGAUGCAGAACUAGGGAGUGAUAUUUAUCUUGAUGGUAUCAUAACUGUGGUAGAUUCAAAAUAUGGAUUAAAACAUUUAGAAGAAGAAAAACCUGAUGACCUUACUAAUGAAGCUACUAGGCAAGUUGCUUUAGCAGAUAUCAUCCUCAUCAAUAAAACAGACUUGAUUUCAGAAGAGGAGUUAAACAAAUUAAGAACAGCUAUUAGAUCAAUAAAUGGACUAGGACAAAUUUUAGAAACACAAAGAUCCAGAGUUGAUCUCUCUAACAUAUUAGAUCUUCAUGCCUUUGAUAGUCUCUCUGGAGUAAGUUUUCAGGAAAAACUUCAGUAUGGGCUAGUAGCACAACCUCACCUUGAUCAGAGUAUUGUUACAAUCACGUUUGAAGUACCAGGAAAUAUAAAGGAAGAAAGUCUAAAUGUAUUUAUUCAGAAUCUCCUGUGGGAAAAGAAUGUGAGAAACAAGGACGAUCGCUGCAUGGAGGUCAUACGGCUAAAGGGUCUGGUGUCAAUCAGAGACAAACCACAACAAGUGAUUGUGCAAGGUGUCCAUGAACUCUAUGACCUGGAAGAGACUCCAGUGAGCUGGAAAGAUGAUACUGAGAGAAUAAGUCGAUUGGUCCUUAUUGGCAGGAAUUUAGAUAAGGACAUCCUCAAACAACUAUUUACAGCUACUGUAACAGAAACAGAAAAGCAUGAAACAGCACAUUUUGCAGAAGAUCAAAUUUGUCUGUAACACUGGAGGUAUUUUAUCAAAGGAUUGGAUAAUAAAAAUAAGUUCCUACUGGGUAUAUUUCAACCAGUAUUCUUUCAUAAUUUCUGUUGUGAAUUCCAGUGUAUUUAAAGAUGGUAUUUAUUUU